AAUUAUAUUUGAUAAAAAGGAAAAUAUAUCGUUUUUUAAAUAAAAUAUUAACAAUAUUUGUAAGAAUUUUUGAUAAAAGCUGUGUUUAAUGUUUUGGGAAUUGUAAAUUUUGUGUUUUUACAUAAAAGAAAAGGAAAAAAAAUUAAAUGAACCCAUGUUUGGUAUUGGGAGUUUUUUUUUUACUGAUCCCAAAAAGCUGUGCUAACUUUUAUGGUCUUUUACAAAUACGAGAUAAAAAUUUUUUAUUGGAAAUUGUGAUAGCUAAUAAUAAAGAAAAUUUAAAAAAUAGUUAUAAUCACACAAAUUAAUAAUAAUUCACAUUUUAAUUUUAUCUUCAAUGUUUAUGAUAUGUCUAUGCAAUAGAAGAAUUACAACACUCUACAUAAAUACCAAGUUAAACUUGGAAAGAGGAAUAACAAAAAUUUCAAAUUUAUAAAAUAAAUAUGAAAAUAUUUGAUAAAAAGUCAUAGUAAUCAUAAAUGUAUUGUAAGAAAAAAUAAAAAAUUAAAUUUAAAAUAACUUACAUAUAUCAAUGAUUUACGUACGAAAUAAAAACGAUAAAGAAACAAAUAAAACCGAAAGUUUAGUAAGGCGUUUAUUUAUAAAAUAUGAUACUAAGUCAAGUUAUUCAACCUAAAGUUAUUACAAUAAAAAGACGACAAAAUCAAGGAUUUGGUUUCACUUUGCGUCACUUUAUAGCGUAUCCACCAGAGCCAUGGACGGACACCGCGGAAUCAUACCAAAGAAAAGCGAUGGAAACUAUUUUUAUAAAAGAGGUUCAUCCAGAUGGCCCAGCUUAUACGGCUGGAUUAAAAACAGGCGAUCGGAUUUUGAUGGUUAAUAAUAUAUCGGUUGCCGGUAUAUCAUAUAAUACCAUUGUAUCUAUGAUAAAACAAACGCUCACAGUUUUAAAAUUACAAGUAGUACCGAAAGAAUGUGAUAUUUUACAAAUGUAUUAUACAGACAUAGCUCAUAAUCCUGAGACAAAUCGGUCCACAAUUGACAUUGAUCGCCCAUUAAUGCCCAUAACAUCAACUACGCACAAUAACUUUCAUUCAAGAUUAAUCUCAUAUUCACCUGAAGGCUGUCCAACAAUUGCAACUACAAUACAUCAGCCAAUUUCAAAUUUACAAAAAUCUACGCACUCAUUUGGAAGUGAAGAGUAUAUUUUAGAAGAAUGUCAGUUACGGCCAAAACCACAGAAUUUACCAGUAUUACAAAAACCAAAUAAUGAUGAAUUUAUGGUACGUUUGCGUAAAAGUAUUGAACAAAAGGAAGAAUUUUUAAAACCUGUCAUUAACAAUAAAACAUUGAGUUAUCAGCACGAACUUCAAGAGUUACAUCCUUCAUCAACGGCGUCUAUUCCAACAGCUACUCAAAACAAAAUUUUGGUACCAUCCCAAACGAAAAAUACAAAUUCGGCUUCAAAUAAGUUUACAAAAAGUGAAAAAGAAUUUUUGAGUGCAUUUGGUAAUAAUAGUAGUACUCUAAUGGGUAGAAAUAAUGUAGGAACUUUUGGUGCUUCUUGCAACAGUGGUUUAAGUGGGUUCUAUAGAAAUAGUAAUCAGUUUACUUCAACUACACCAGGCUCUAAAGUAAUCCAUAUAAGAACGACAAAUUCCCCGACACAUUUUGAAUUAGGAAAUACAGUAAACAAUGAAGAUAUAUUGAACCAUUCUACAUCAACCAAUCAUUUAAAUAAAAACCAACGAAGUUAUAAUAAUCACAUUACUAACCUAAAUGUAGGAACAGACACAUCGAUAAAAGAUAAAUUUCAAAAGGAGUUGGCUUUUUUAGAAUCUUUGCCUGAAAUGGGCGUUACAAACCAAGUUUUUGAGAGAAAAUUAGUUUCAAAUCUAGCUAAAACUUUUGAUCCUUUUAAACAAUUGUCUGUCAAUACUAGCUCUAGUAAUAUCAAUGAUAUUUUAACUGAGCAAAAAACUAUAAUAAAAGUUGAAGGAACAAAAAUUCAAAAUUACGAUUUGAUUAUGCCUUCACAGCAAAACAAAAUAGAAGAACAGGAAAAAAAUCGAAAUAGCUCUGAAAAUGCGAUAAAACCUUUGACAGAAAAUGAAAAACAAUAUCUUAUCGUGACAGAAAACUAUGAGUCAAAUGAUGAAUUUCAGCCAUUGUCGAAACCGUAUACAGAUGUAAUAAGGCGAGUAAAGGCUAAGAAUUUUUAUGAAGAGAACAAACCAAUGCGACGAAUAUCGUAUUUGCGUGCAACAAAUAAUGAAACAGGAGAUUUUCAGAUUGAGCUUGCAAGUGAUAUUUGUAGUGAGCAACCAGAAAAAGAAAUGAAACUCAAGCAGCAUAUUGAAAAGCAGUUCGACAAUCAAAUUCAAAAAGAAGACGAAGUGGCACCAGUACAAACAGAAAAACUUCAAAAAUGCGAUGUCAUGGAAAAAGAUUUAGCUACAGUAACUUAUAAAAAUGACACAAAAUGUAUGACUGAUUAUUAUGAAACGGAAAUGGAGAUGAAAUCGUCAAGUAUUUAUGGCAAGAGGAUAACCGAGUAUCGAUCGUGGAGGCAUGUCAAAAUUGAGUUAAAUGGUGAUCAUUUAAAAAUUUAUUUAAUUCGAAGUUCAAAAUCUGAUAACAAUGUGAUAGAUUUAAAUGUGAAGGGAUUUAGUGUAAUAGAUGAAACGGUGGAUAAGAAAAAAUUUGUAUUCCGCUUGCAAUCGAAACCACUGUUGAACAGUGAAAUAGAUGUAAAACGUCAACAAGAACAUUCAGAUGCAACAUUGGCUUCUAGUAACACAGAUGUUGCGAUAUCGGCAAACAACGAAUAUACUGAAAUUAUAUUUAAAACGAAGAAUUCAAGUGAUAUGAAAAAGCUGUUUGGUUUAUUACAAGAAAAAUGUGAAAAUGAGGAGAAUAUUCAACAUUUUACAACAACAAAUCCACUAGAGGCAAAUAAAGUUGCAGGAGUCUCUAGUACAUCCACAUAUUUUGAAGAAACAACAACGAAUGUCGUAAAGCAAACAUCGAUUAAACAAUACUCCCCAUUGUCAAACGUAAAAUCAGCUAAUUUAAGUAAUGGAGUUCUAAACUCAGAUGUAACUGUGGAUUCGAUUUCACCAGUUAUGAAAUCUCGUAAACCGCAUUCAAAAAUUUUACCUGAGAAAGAGUUAGGGUCACCAAAAUCAAAAAAUUGGAAAGAUUUAUUAUUUCGAAGAACACAUAAUUCAGGAAAUACUGAAGCUUCGACAUCUGUGGUUGUAGAACCGCCGAAGUAUGUUGGUUCUAUUGGAGUUCCACUCAAAUUAUGUCCAAUGUCGAAAGAUAACGAAUUCGUUCCAAUGAUUGUUGACAUAUGCGCAAAAAUCGUUGAAAAGAAAGGCCUUCAAGUUGUUGGUAUUUACCGUAUACCAGGUAAUAAAGCAGCUAUAUCAGAAUUGAAAGAACAGGUAAAUAAAAGCGAUUUCCAAUGGGAUUCAGUCGAUACAGAUUUACGUUGGGACGAUGUUAAUGUCGUAUCCAGUUUGUUGAAGUUAUUCAUCAGAAGUUUGCCAGAUGCUUUAUUACCGGGAACAUCAUAUAUCAAUUUCAUAGAGGCUGAUAAAAAAUGUGGUGAGAGACGCCUUAAGGAAUUAUGUUAUUUGUUAACUACAUUACCACCGCAUUCGUAUGAAACAAUGAAACAUAUAAUAAGGCAUUUAAGUCGCGUUAGCAAAAACUGUGAGAUUAAUUUAAUGGAGCCAAAAAAUUUGGCAAUAAUUUUCGGACCUUCAAUUAUUCGUAUACCCAACGAAACUCUAGAUAUGGCUGUUAAAGAUAUGAAACAUCAGUGUCGUAUCGUUGAAUUACUUGUUUCACAGUAUGACUAUUUUUUUGAAAAUGGUGACCUGCCCGAAGCGAAUUCGCCACCAAUUAUUACAACAUCUACAUAUUCCGACCAAACUAACUUACUGCUGGAUAAUGUUUCGAAAAUCGAGCAACGUUUACAUGAUAAAGAAUCUUUAACAUCAAGACUUAUUCCACAUUUAAGAAGACGCACACAUAGUAAACGUAACGCAGUGGGAUCUGAUACAUAUUCUGGAGAAAGUGUACUGUCACUUGAGUAUAAAAAAUUUUCUGAAACAUCAAUGAAAGAGAAUAUCGUGCACAGUAGUAGUAGUAGCAACACUAGUAGAAAAGCAGAAAGAAGUAGUGUAGAAAUAUCUAUUCUUUUAACAGACGAAGAUUCAAGCAAUAGCAGACUAAGUGACACCGGAUCGAUGUCGUUAACAACAAUAACUGAUGCAUUAGACAGUAAACUUCGUAGUCUACGCAGUGGUUCUGAAUCAACUGACGACACAUCGGAAAAUAGUCCAAAUAAAACACGUAGGACAUUUCCUCAACCUUUAAUUUUACAUGAAAAUAUACCUUUUGCAGAUGAGUCACCCGAACGUCACUUGAUAUCAUCAAAAAACGUUAUUAAAUCAAAUUCAAACGAAAAAAUCUCGACACCUCUGAAAAGCUUACCAAUAUCAGCGCGUAGUGCAAAUUUUAUUCGUGAUAUUCAAAAAAAUGUUUCGGGAAUCAACAAUCAACGAUUUUCAUCGGUUUAUGAAUCUUGUUCAGAUGAUUCAGAAGUAUCUACAACUAGUGAUCCAAAAGAAGCUAUAAUUAUGUCUCCUUUAUUUUUGGAACGAUACAAAAAACGUCGUGACUAUCGUUUAUUUCGUUCCGCUUCAUUUAAUUGCCGAAAUUAUUCUUCACGUGGUGGUUCUGGAAAUGGCAGCGUUAAUGGAGGAAACAAUUCUAAUAUGUCGAAUAGUUUGACAAAAGACGAAAAGACUGAUAUGAAUUUAACAAAAAAACGGCAAAUUCAAAAUAAACAGAAUCGUUCAAUAAAACGUCGUCAUACCGUUGGUGGUCCUCAUGACUAUUCAGCGACGACAAUCACAAGAAGGAAUUUGAAUUCAAAUGAAAACCAUAUUUUAGAAGUUGGAAUACGUAUUAAAAAUGUUAAUAGAAGAAAUUGAAUAUAAUUUUUUUUUUAAUUUUAAAAUAACUUAGCCACAACAAAUCAUUGCUAAAAUGUACAAUUAAUUAUACAGUAGAAAAACUUUAAUAAAAAAACAAAAUUAAUUUAUAAGAUCUAGAAAAUAUAUGUUGUACAUUCCAAUCAAACCAGCCAGAAUAAAGCAAUAGCAAAAUGUUUCGUUAAAGGCUAAAAUUAUUAUACUUAUGUCAGAGCUUAAAAAAUAUUUUCAAGCUUUCUUACAAAUUAAAACUAAAUUGAAAAAAAUAUGUUAAUUUUUAUGCUUCUAAACUUUAUUAUCACAGUACCCAAGUCGCUGCAAAAGUUAAAAUAAGCAUAUUAAGCUUUCAAUAUAUGUAUCUAAUUACAACAAAGAAAAUAUAAUGAAGGUAUUGAAGGCAAAUACAAUAAAGCUGAAAAAAGGUAUUGCUUUCUUUUAAGUAAUUAGCUAAUAUUAAAUAUUGUUAUUAGUAAUUAGCUAAUUAUAGUAUCAAUAUUAUUAUUAAAGUUGCGACCUUGUACGAUAUUCCAACUUUUUCCUUGUAUCACAUUUUAUAUAAUUAUGUAUUAUUUUUAAGGCAGUAAUGGUUUUUAUCCCACAUUUAUACUUCACAUAAUAUUGUAUAAAUAAUUAUUACAUAAUAAAUAUUAUACUAUGAUAUAUAUAGAUUUAUAAAAUAAAUGCAAAAGAUUGAUAAAUAUUAAGAAAUGUUAGUCUUAUCAGUUAUAGUUACAUAUAUAAAUUUGGAAUUUAAAUUAAUUGUAUAUUAUACUAUACAGAAAUAAUUUUACCAUACAUACUUAUAAUUUUUUCUUUAAAUUUUCCUAAGACAUAAUUAAAUAGUUUUUAAUAUAAGCAGUUUUUUUUUCAAUAUAUUAAAUAAAUUCUUCUUUUCAUUAAGCUUUCAAAUAAUAUAAUUUGAAUAUUUCAGCACAAAUAUUAUGCAUAUUUAAAACUAAAUGUUUACAUUAAUCAAUUUAGAAUGCAUUAUUUGAUUUUAUUUUUUAAGAAAAAAUUUCAUUUUGCUAAAUAUUAAAAAUACGAACGAAUCUUACUUUUUAUAUAGACAACACAUAAAUAUCAUUAUACGUAAUUUUUUGUUUUUAUAUAAGAAAUAUAAAAGAUUAUAAUAUUUAAGGGUACAUAAUCCCAUUUGCACACAAAUGCUGCUAAAAAAUGACAAAAUAUAAGAGGAAUUGAUAACAAAAGAGAUUUACGUAAAAUCAAAAAUUUUGUAACACAUAAUGUUGUAAAAUUUAAAUAACAACUUUUCCUUUACAUUCAUACACAUAUUUUGAAUAAUAAGCAGUAUUUAAUUUCAAUUAGAACUAUUUAAUUUUAGAUUUUUUUGCAUAUAUUAUGUGCAACAAAAAUUCUUUUAUAUGUGAGGUACAAAAACGCCAAUUUUGAAAGUGUAAAUAUUUUUAUGACUUCUAUUAAAUAAAAUUAUAAUAUACAUACAUUAUAUUUAAUUUAAGUAAUAUUACAUUUAAAUAAAUAUUUAAUUAUACAUAGUAAAUAUAUAAAUCAUUGAAAGAAAAAAAAGGAAAUAAUAUACAUUUGCAAAUUUUUCAUUUAAAUUUUAUGUAAAUAUGUGAUUAAGAAACAUUUUUUUCAGUAUUAGAGCGCGAAAUCGAUAAAAAAAUUGAUGAAAAACAAAAUUUUUGUUUUAAUAAAUAAGUGAUGAUUUCUUAUGAAACGAUUUAAAUUUUUGGGAAUUUUAUAUAUUAUAUUUUUCUUUUAAAGACGGCCAAGUCUAAAUGUUGUAAGUUGCCGUCCACGAAGAAUUUUUUUAUAAAAAUUUAAAAAAUUUAACAUAAUAUUGAGUUUUUUUUUAUUGUUAUUAUCUGAUUUUAAUAUUUACCAUUAAAAUAUUUCUAAAUUUUUGAAUUUCUUUUAAAAUUAUUUUAAAUAAUUUCUAUAUUUUCAUUUUUAUUUGAUAUCAGUAUACAUUAUGUAUAUAAGAAUUAAUCUCAUUAAAAUAUAUUUAAGAGUUGCUUUUCGAUUCGUAUUAAAAAUUCAAUAAUUGAAAAUUUUGGAGUUUAAAGAUAAAACGUUUAGAUAAUAAAAACUAAAUUCAUUUUCGAAUUAAUAAACCCUCUUAAGAAAAAACUCAUUAGUUAAAUAAUUGGAAUGCCGUUGAAUGCUUCUAUUUAAUAUUUUUAGAAAACUUCUAAAAUCUUAACAAAAAAAUUUUUAAUUGAAAUAAUUAAUUUUGAUAUUCAGGAAUAAAACUUUUACCAAUUCAAUUAAUAAUUUAUAAAUUUUUCGUGUAGCAGGAAGUAAAAACCUUUAAAAAUUUUAAUGUAGGAAGAAAGUUAUUUGAUUAGUAAAAUUAAUGAAAAUAUUAAAGUAUUUUUGUAGUUUAUAUUUAAUAAUGAAUAUUUCAAACCAUAAUACAUUUUUUUAAAAUAAUAUAUUUUUUAUAACUUAUGUUUUUAAAAUAAAUUUUUCUUUAAUUUUGCUAAUUAAAAUAUUAAGUUUGUAUAUAUUUCAUAAAAAUGUAGAAAAAUUGGGAAAUAUUAAAUAGGGCAUUCAUAAAUACGAAAAAAAAAAUCAAUAUUAUUCCUAUAAAAUAUAAUAAGCUUAUAUUUAAUUAUAAAUUGGGAAUAAAACUCGUUUAUAAAAUUUUUUAUAUAAAACAAUAUUUUAUAGUAACUUUUACUAUUUCUCUUUUUUUUCAAGCUGAGUUUAAGAGUAAAAAUAUUUUUAUAAUUUAAAGUAAAACAGUGCUAAGUAUAAAUAAAAUUAAAAGAAAAAAGAAAUCAGAAAUAAAUAUAAAAUAUGAAUGACAAACAUUUUGUUAUUUUAUUAAAUAAUUAAUAAAUUGAAACAAACAAAAAAAAAACAAUGUUAUUGUGUUUAUGAAAUUAUAAUGUUAAUUUAACAAAACAAAAUAUUAAGAAUAUCA